AAAACGUUCUCAGUAGCGAAGAAUACGUUCGUCGUUGUCAGCGGCUUGGUCGGGAGUCUGCGGUUCCUUUUUCGAGAUUAACAGGGAACAGAAAGUAAUUGGCCAGUGAUUUGAUCGAGGAGUGAAGAAAAAGGACCUUCUCUCUCGCGGCUCGUCAGAAUUUCCGCUUGACCUUCUAAUCGGCAUUUUGCAAACCACCAAACCUCGGAUCGCCCAUCACCACAGGCUCGUCGCGAAAAUUGUGCAAUUCCAAUAGGAUUCGCGCGACGCAGACGAUUCGAUUCUUGUUUUGCUUUUGUUUUUCGUUUUCCCCGAGAGUUCGCCUUCUAAUUUCGCUUUUCCCGGUGACUUUUCCCUCGUUUUCGUUUGGUUGCUUUUACGUUCUGCAACAGUUGCAUCUUUCUCAAGAGCCGUGGCGGUCCAAGUGUUAAAGACAUUUCCGCAAACGCCAGAAUCGCGACAAUAGCUCUGUUCCUCGCACCGAAUUUCGCGUGUUUCGCAAGCGAGAAUAGUCGCAAGAAGAAGCAAAAAUCGUGCACAAGGUUCCGCAUUUCGUCACAUUGAAAGGCGCCCGCGAGGCAUUAGACGUCCAGGCUCGUCGGGGAAAUUUCGUGUACGCAGUUUCGGCGAUUAAAACAGAAAAUUGUUGUCCGUAAUUUACUCACCCGCAUCACCUGAGUUCAAGGCGGCAUGGCGGAGAACGAAAACAUAAGUAAUUUAAAUAUAAACAAUCCGUUGCAUUUUUUCGAGGGUGUGGAGAAAUUGUUGGAGAUUUGGUUCGCUCCGAGCGAAACGAAUAAAAAUGCUGAUCUACGGAAAAUUCCAAGAUCAAUGUGGGAUGCUUUACUUAAAUCUGUGCGUUGUGAAAUCAUCAGCUUUUCGAAAAAUGAUUACAUUGACGCAUAUGUUCUGAGUGAAAGCAGCAUGUUUGUCUCAAAACGUCGUUGGAUAUUAAAGACAUGUGGGACAACAACCCCUCUUCAAUGCUUAGAGCCUCUAUUGGAGAUGGCUGAGCAAAUAGGAUAUACAGACAUUGAAGAACUCUUCUAUUCUCGGAAGAACUUCAAGCGUCCUGAUUUGCAAGUGUCACCCCAUCGCGGCUUUGAAGAGGAAGUUGCCUUACUUGAUUCGUUCUUCGACGACGGUCGCGCCUAUUGUUUAGGUUCAGUAAAUCGCGACUGUUGGUAUCUAUACACGUUAAGCCGCGGGGGAGGAGAGUUACAAAGACGCAUCGAAAAUAUGGAACUUAUUGAACCCGAUCAAACCAUAGAAAUUUUAAUGACUGAAUUGGAUCCGACUGUCCUAUCAACAUUUACCAAAGAGGAAUGUUCCAAGGCUGUAGAGGCUACUGAGAGAGCUGGAAUUCAUAAACUAAUUCCAGGCAUGGUAAUUGAUGACUAUCUAUUUGAACCAUGCGGUUAUUCUAUGAAUGGCAUCGGUAAAAAUAAUUUUCCGGGGGAAUAUUCACAAGGCUGCUAUAUGACAAUUCAUGUAACGCCAGAACCGGAAUUUUCAUACGUUAGCUUUGAGAGCAAUGUUUCAUCUUCCAAUUAUUACGAGUUGAUCAAUCGCGUUAUUGAUACAUUCCAACCAGGAAAAUUCAUUGUAACCAUUUUUGCUAAUAAGACAUCGCCGGCUCAAACAGCAGCUCGUGAACUCGAUCAUACUAAAAUGAUUGGCGAAUGGCAACGUCGCGACAUCCAAUACUGUCGCUUCCAAACUUACGAUCUCACAUACGCUCACUACAGCAAAUUCCCAAGCUGAGGGUUACAGGUUAAACCCUAUGCAAGUGACGCUGGGGUCAUCAAAAACCAAAACACAUCAUUCCCACAUCCUUACUCCUACAACCCAUUCCCAUUCCUUCCACUCCCCUCCUAUCUAUCCACUCAAUUCUCUUCCCUCCCGCAGAAACCAUCAUUCAAUUGGAAGCAACUCAACACCAUGCUGCGGUUGAAUCCUUCAUCCAAAACAGUAACAUUUUCCCUAUCACCAUCAUCAGCUAAACAAACUUUAAUAGAUCGCACAAAGCCAACCACUCCAGAAGUGACCAUAGCAACUUCUUAUUCUACACACAAAUCAUCAACUAUUCAUAAUCAUAAUGCCACAAGCAAAUUAUUUGAUUUAUCGUUAAUUUUCACAUUUUUAAUGAUACAAAUAAUUUCAUGGAUAUUUUUCGUUGAUCUCGAUGAAUAUUCUCCGUUGAUCUUAUUCUCAUGGUGGCGCAAUAAAAUCUCUUGAAAAUGCCCAAACCUGAUUUUUCGUUUGAUGAUCAUUUAAUAAAAACUUAAUUUUGAAAUAAUUAAUUUCAUUUAAGCAAUGCGACAACAAAACAAUGAGAAAUCAUUGAGAGCAAAAUAUCUUAUUUUUAUUAAUAUCAAUCAUCGAGACGAGAGUGAUUGCAAUAAAUGAAAAGGAAAGCAAUUAUUAAGAAAGAAUAUGCAAGAAGAAGGCAAUCAAAGGGUACGCAAAGUAAAAGAUGAUUUAUUUUAAGUUAGUGAUGAAUUUUAUGACUUUGCAUGUGCGCAAAGUGCCCACACUGAAAAUCAAAAUAAAAUUUGCCAAAGAAAUUGAGAAAACUGUAAGAUUUCAUUUCCAUCGUUUAGGAAAGACUUAGAAAACGUAGUCAAUUGAUAACUUGAGAUACAGAAAUGACGGAACUAAGAAGACAAUUAUCGUAUUUGAUUGAGUUUAAUUUUAUUAGAUGUUUACAAAUCGCGGUUGGCGUUGCCGAAAUGAUUUCUUAUUCUAAUAAUUUUGAAAGAUAACCAAACUAUGUACAAUCAGGUGAAUUCUCUCAUUGAAACAAAAUAUAAUUAGGAAUGUAAGAAUUUAUCUAAAAACUAUUUGAUAUUGUUGAGUUGUCAGCCGUUGAAGCAUUGAUUCGAAUAUGCCCAUUUCGAAACUGGAAACGUCUCCAGAACCGAACUCAUCUAAGAAAGUUCAAUUUAUACAUUGUAUCUAUUGCUACGACCGUCAUGUCAUAUACAUAUGGGUUUAUUAUUAGAUAUAUUUUUGGGGGAAAACUAGACUUAGGUUAUUAUCGCUUCUCUAUUAUGAACAAAGAACACUUUACAUGUUAUCGUUGAACCAACUUGAAUAUUUGUAUUAUAAAGUGGAAAUCAGAAAGAUUUGUACAGAAUGAAUUCAUGUUUGAUUGGAUUUGCUUAAAUGAUUGACCCUUGGUGAAUUGAAUUUGCAAAAAGGGGAUUUAAAUUUUAUGGCUUUAUAAUUACACUAUUAUCCAUUUAUAUGACAUUUAUGCUCUACAAUAAAUAUAUACUUUCACUGUUUAAUAUA